AUGUGUGAAGCGGAGAGGAGGGGUGGACAGCGGUGGGGGGAGGAUGAGGAUGGCGAUGGAUGCUGGUCUGCCGCUUCGGCGACGUGUUUAAUGGAUGCUCGUUUGCUACAUGAGCAGCGCUGGGCGAGGUGGAAGAGGUCCUGGUUGUCGGGUGGCGAGCGGGAUGGAGGCGGGAGGUGGUGGUGUAUCGUGGGUUCAAGGUUGGGUUUGGCGUUGUUGCGGGCUGAAGCUUCCGUCACGUUGGAGCUUCGCUCGGCGCUGGGGAGGGACCAAGUGCAGUGGGCGCAGUGGCAGCAGUGGGCGAGGCCCGGCCGGGUGAGGUCGAGUCACUCCAGCGAGGCGAGGUGGGGUGCUCGGGGUGCUUGGGGUGCCGCCGCCACCUUGCCGCGCAGUGACACAAGCGUUACGCAGGGUCGGUCGUGGUCGUUGUUUGCAAGGUACGUACCCUGCCGGGGCGUUAUCGAUAAAGCUGCCGGUGCCCCGAGCCGGCCCCCCACCAUGGCGCUCACACGCCCGGCAGUGGUGCCCAUGUGGCAGGCAAGCAAGCAGGCCGCUCCCUGCGAGGCGAUGCCCGGGAACCCCUUCCCCGGCCCUUGA